AUGGCAGCUCAAACCCCCGCCGUUGUCAUGGACAACGGCACCGGAUUCUCGAAACUCGGGUUCGCCGGCAAUGAUUCUCCUUCUUUUGUUUUCCCCACAGCGAUUGCUACAAAGUCUGCGGGUAGUGUAGGAGGCGGAACAGGUUCCGGUCGGCCUGCAGUCGCCAACAAGCCAUCAUUCCUCACUGGUGGUGCUGGUCCCGGCUCACAGCUAUCGGGAAAGCGGGGGACGGAAGAUUUGGAUUUCUUUAUCGGAGACGAAGCUAUUAAUGCGUCGGGUGGCCCCGGAUAUGGUAUCAACUAUCCAAUUCGCCAUGGCCAAAUUGAGAACUGGGAUCACAUGGAACGGUUCUGGUCGAAUUCCAUAUUCAAAUAUCUCAGAGUUGAGCCUGAAGACCACUAUUUCCUUCUCACGGAACCUCCAUUGAACCCGCCUGAAAACCGAGAAAAUACUGCGGAGAUCUUCUUCGAGUCGUUCAACUGCGCCGGUCUCUACAUCGCUGUUCAGGCUGUCCUAGCCCUUGCAGCCUCGUGGACGUCUUCCAAAGUGACGGAUCGCUCUCUCACCGGUACCGUAAUCGACUCUGGCGAUGGUGUCACCCAUGUAAUCCCUGUGGCGGAGGGAUAUGUUAUUGGGUCCUCUAUCAAAAGUAUACCCAUUGCUGGGCGAGACAUUACGCAUUUUGUUCAAAACCUGCUUAGAGAGCGACAAGAAGCAGACAGCUCAAUGAAGACAGCCGAAAAAGUGAAGGAGGAAUAUUGUUACGUAUGCCCGGAUAUCGUGAAGGAAUUUGCCCGCUACGACCGAGAACCCGACCGAUUCUUGAAACACACCGUAACAUCGCCCAAUGGCCGAAGUGUCACCAUCGACAUUGGAUACGAGCGUUUUCUGGCUCCAGAAAUCUUCUUCAACCCAGAAAUAUACUCGUCAGAUUUCCUUACCCCCCUCCCCACUGUCGUAGAUGGCGUUAUCCAAUCCUCUCCUAUCGAUGUUCGCCGGGGUCUGUAUAAGAAUAUCGUCCUUUCCGGAGGUUCGACAUUAUACAAGGAUUUUGGCCGACGUUUGCAGCGUGAUAUUAAGCACCUGGUUGAUGCCCGAAUUCGCACAUCGGAAGCUAGGAGUGGCGGAGCUCGCAGUGGUGGCCUUGAGGUUCAAGUUAUCACCCAUAAACGGCAACGGCAUGGCCCGUGGUUCGGAGGAAGCUUGCUGGGCCAGACACCGGAAUUCCGCAGCUACUGUCACACCAAGGCUGAAUACGACGAAAUUGGACCAAGCAUUGUCAGAAGAUUUGCUUUGCUCGGUGGACCAGGAAGCACCUAG